AUGAACAAGGGCAUGAUAUCAAAUGCUAAGAAGUUUAUCAAGCAAGCGCAUGAAAAGAAGGUGAAAUAUGAUUGUGCCGUGAGGAACUCCCUGGGUGUGGGUGAUGUCAUUCAGUUCUUGUAUGGAGAAUAUGGCAUGGAUGCUGUUUGGAUUGAACCACAGAAAUUGGACAACCUGAGGCUGAGUUUGACAAUAGUUUCAGAAAUUAGAAGCUGGCAGAUUACAUGGCCCAUGCCUGUCAACCUCAAGCGGCCUAUCUGGAAUGCUCAAAAGACUUUCAAGAUUGAUUUGAGAAGACCUUCUGACAUGCACCCGAUGGAAAUUGUGGAAGCAAUAGAUAAGUUGCAGGAAAGACACCUCUACACCAGGACUGACGAAGGGACGCAGCUUUGUCUCUAG